AUGGAAUUCAUUGAAUCAUUCCCAUAUGUGAUCCAGUACAAGCAUGGCAAGGAGAAUUUAGUGGCGGAUGCUCUUUCACACAGGUAUUCUCUUCAUAACACUCUUGAUUCUAAGUUUCUUAGAUUUGAGUUUGUUAAAGAGUUGUAUGCCGAUUAUAAGGAUUUUGCCACUAUAUAUGCUACAUGUGAAAAGUGGUGGGUUAUGGGACACUUUGGUGUUGCUAAAACUUUGGACAUUCUUAAGGAACACUUCUUUUGGCCUCACAUGAGGAGGGAUUCAGAGAGGGCGUGUUCUAGGUGGGAAACAUGCAAAAGAGCCAAGUCUAGAGCAAUGCCGAAUGGUCUUUAUACACCUUUUCCCAUUCCUAAGGAACCUUGGGUUGAUAUUUCCAUGGAUUUUAUCUUAGGAUUGCUUAGGUCUAAGAGGGGGCAUGAUUCCAUAUAUGUGGAGAGGUUUCCUAAUCAACAGAAGUCCAAGUUGCAGCCAAGUGAUGGUCCUUUGCAAGUGCUACAAAGGAUCAAUAAUAAUACCUACAAGAUUGACCUUCCUGACAGAUUUAAAUUUGAGGAUGAAUUCCUUUCAAUAAAGAGGGGAUGA